UUAAUGUUUCAGGUUCGUGGGAGUAAAGGUGAGGUCCUUUAUAUCCUGGAUGCAAGCAAUCCACGCCAUUCUAAUUGGCUGCGUUUUGUCCAUGAGGCUCCAUCACAGGAACAGAAGAACCUGGCAGCCAUCCAGGAAGGGGAAAAUAUUUUCUAUUUGGCUGUAGAAGAUAUUGAAACAGACACAGAACUUCUGAUCGGGUACUUGGACAGUGACAUGGAAGAAGAGGAGGAGGAGGAAGAAGAAGUAACCGUUAUCCAGGAAGAUGAAGACAAUGGCAACAAUAAAGAAGUUCAACCAGCUAGUGAAAAAAUUGCAGAUCCCCUCACCUGUAAAGAGGACCAUGCGUGCCCAAACUGUGAAUCCAGUUUUGCCAGCCAGGAGAUUCUAGCUGAACAUCUUCAGACUUUGCACCAAAAACCCAGUGAGGAGAAGGAAUUUAAGUGCCGAAACUGUGGAAAGAAAUUCCCUGUUAAACAGGCUCUACAAAGACAUGUACUUCAGUGCACAGAGAAUAUCAGCCCAGGAGACUCUUCAAGAAGUUUUCAGUGCUCUGUUUGCAAUACUUCCUUCAGCUCAGAAUCGAGUUAUGAACAGCACAAGGAGGCAUGCAGAGGGGAUGCCAGAUUCAUAUGCAAGGCAGAUAGCUGUGGGAAGAGAUUCAAGAGUAAGGAUGCCCUGAAAAAACAUAAAGAAAACGUUCACAGUGGAAAUUCUAGGAAGAAGCUGAUGUGUUCAGUGUGCAAUAAGAAAUGUUCCUCAGCAACAAAUCUCCAAGAGCAUCGAAAGGUCCAUGAGAUCUUUGAGUGUCAGGAAUGUGACAAGAAAUUUAUUUCGGCUAACCAGCUAAAACGCCAUAUGAUAACUCAUUCAGAAAAACGCCCCUACACCUGCGAGGUUUGCAAUAAGUCCUUCAAACGACUUGAUCAAGUGACUGCACACAAAAUAAUACACAGUGAAGAUAAACCUUAUAAAUGCAAGCUUUGUGGAAAGGGAUUUGCCCACAGAAAUGUUUACAAGAAUCACAAGAAGACACAUUCUGAAGAGAGACCAUUCCAGUGUGAGGAAUGCAAAGCUUUGUUCCGAACCCCAUUCUCUCUACAAAGACAUCUGUUAAUCCAUAACAGUGAGAGGACCUUCAAAUGUGAUCACUGUGAUGCUACUUUCAAAAGAAAGGACACAUUAAAUGUUCAUAUUCAAGUUGUACACGAUGGACAUAAGAAAUACAAAUGUGAUCUCUGUGACAAAGCUUUUGUGACACCCUCAGUCCUGAAGAGUCAUAAAAAAACUCACACAGGAGAAAAAGAGAAGAUUUGCCCAUAUUGCGGACAGAAGUUUGCAAGCAAUGGAACACUGAGAGUUCAUAUUCGAAGCCAUACAGGUGAGCGUCCUUACCAGUGUCCUUACUGUGACAAAGCUUUCAGCAAGAAUGAUGGAUUGAAGAUGCAUAUUCGCACCCACACAAGGGAAAAGCCAUACCAAUGUUCAGAGUGUAACAAGGCUUUCAGUCAAAAGCGAGGCCUAGAUGAGCACAUGAGAACCCACACCGGAGAGAAGCCGUUUCAGUGUGAUGUUUGUGAUCUGUCCUUCAGCCUGAAGAAAAUGCUGAUCCGACACAAGCUGACUCACAACCCUAAUCGACCGAUGGCAGAAUGCCAACUUUGCCACAAGAAGUUUACAAGAAACGACUACCUCAAAGUGCACAUGGAAAAUGUCCAUGGUGAAACUGAUAGCUAA